UUAUAACAUGAAGAUAGCAUAAAAUAUAACUAAUAGGCUUAUUUAAGCAAAAGAUGCAUAUAUUAAGAAAUAGGAGAUUCUGUUAUGCAAGAUUUCAAAACCUACCUGUCUACAGCCCCUGUAUUGGCUACAUUAUGGUUUGGAAUAUCAGCUGGCUUAUUAAUAGAGAUUAAUCGUUUUUUCCCAGAUGCAUUGGUACUUCCAUUUGUAUAAGAAUACUAACAAUAUAGUUAUCUUAUAAAUUGCAAAAGAAGAUUUUUUUUGUUGCAUCAACAAAUUAGUUUAAAGAAGAUCUUUAUCUUCGAUUCAUUGAACCUAGAUAUCCAAUAAGUAAACAUUUUGAAA